AUGGUUACACCAAAUAAUCAUCCUUACACGGUCAUUUCUGAUCAUCUAGAUCAACCUGUAAUUGAUGACAGGAAGUAUCAGUUAAUUCAACUCCCGAAUAAAAUGGUUGCACUUUUGAUACACGAUCCGGAGACAGAUAAAUCUGCAGCUGCUUUAGAUGUGAAUGCUGGAGCUUUUCAUGAUCCAAAGAAUCUUCCCGGUUUAGCUCAUUUCUGUGAGCAUUUGCUAUUUAUGGGCACGAAAAAGUAUCCUUCCGAAAAUGAGUACAGCUCGUAUCUUUCGAGCCAUUCUGGCUUCUCAAAUGCGUAUACUUCAUCUCUACACACAAAUUUUUAUUUUGAGGUUGCCAAUGAAGCGCUGAAAGGUGCAUUGGACCGAUUUGCCCAGUUCUUUAUUUGUCCCCUUUUUUCAUCCAGCGGUAAAGAUAGGGAAAUCAAUGCUGUUGAUUCUGAGAACAAGAAGAAUUUGGAGAACGAUAGCUGGAGAUUAUAUCAACUUUCUAAAUCUUUGACCAACGAAAAGCACCCUUUUAAUGGUUUCUCUACCGGUAAUAAAUCAACCUUGGGAGAGAUACCAGCCAAGAAUGAUAUUGAUGUUCGUCAAGAGUUGCUCAAAUAUCAUAGUAGCAAAUAUUCAGCAAAUCUAAUGCGUUUAGUUGUUCUUUCUAAUGAGCCACUUGAAACUUUAACCAAUUGGGCAGUUGAUAUGUUUUCUCCGGCAGUAAAUAAGGAUCUCAGAAGGCCGAUCUACAAAAGUUCACCUUUCAAAAACUGCCAAUUCGAUGGCUCGAUUAUUGUUAAAGCCAAACCAAUUCGUGAAAUGCGUGCGUUAGAGUUAACCUUUCCGGUCCCGGAUACAGAUCCUUAUUGGAAAUAUAUUCCAAGUAGAUAUUUAUCACAUCUUCUAGGUCAUGAAUCCAAGGGCUCUCUCCUUUAUAAUUUUAAGGAGAAAAAAUGGGCCACUGGCUUAAGUGCAGGUGCUAUGACUCUUUCAAGUGGAUUUGCCGAGUUUGAAAUUGAUGUAGAUCUGACGAAAGAAGGUAUUAGUCACGUUGAUGAUAUUAUAAAAGAUGUCUUCAAAUAUGUGAAGAUGUUGCAAAUGAACGGACCCAAAGAAUGGAUUUACAAGGAGAUCAAGGAUCAGUCUGAAUUCAAUUUCAAAUUCAGACAAAAGUAUGGUGCUAGUUCAACUGUUUCUAAAUUGGCUUCCAAUUUGCAUAGUUUAAAUUUCUACAAAACCGGACUUUCUGAUCCAAAGGAAGAUAUCUCUGAAAACGGAAAUUUGGAGACUGGUAUUAUUCCUCCGGAGCAUUUUUUAAGUUUGUCAGUUGUUCGUGAAUAUGAUCCUGAUUUAAUUUCAAGGUAUACUUCGUACUUGAAUCCCUCGAAUUUUAAAGUGCUGCUUGUUGCUAAAGAAAGUUUUGAAGACCAAAAAAUGGAAAUCUGUAAAGAAAGGUGGUAUGGGACAAAUUAUCGUAUAGAUAAACUAUCCAGUUCGCUCGUGAAUGAAGUAAAAGAGAUAUAUUAUGAAGGUGAACAUCUUGAUCCUGUUUACACAUUGCCACCUAAGAAUAAGUUUAUCCCCACAAAUUUCAAUUUAGCUAGUGGAGAUGAAAUGGAUUUCAAAUAUCCAAAACUUGUUGAUGCUGACAAAAAGAACAAGAUUUGGUAUAGAUUUGAUACAAAAUUGGGGGGCCCAAGAUCUGCUCUCAAGUUUAAGUUUAAUAUUCCCGGCGCUACAUCAACGCCACUAAAAUCUGUUUUACUUUCUUUGUUUCUAGAUGUGUUAGAUGAUGAUUUAAACAGUAUUUCUUAUUUAGCAUCAAUUUCCGGGUUGUCGCAUGAGUUUGAAAUUGCCAGAGACGGAAUUAGUCUUGAGAUUGGUGGCUUUUCUGAUAAGUUGGAGAUUUUGCUUGAAACGUUGGUAGAUAGAUUGGUUAAAUUCAGUGAUCCUUCAUUGGAAGAUAUAAUGUGGAAUGAAACUAGAAGAGCAAGAUUCCAUGUUUUGAGAGAAAAGUUACUCAAAAAUUUGAAGAAUUUUGGCUACACCGUUCCCUAUAAUCAGGUUGGUCCUAUGAUUUCUUCUUUAAUCAAUGAAAACUCUUGGCUUGUCGAUGACCAGUUAGAGAUAUACUCUGCAGUCACAUUCGAAAACCUAAGAAGUUAUGUGAGUAGCUUGUUUAGUACUUGCUUUGUUGAAACAUUGGUUGUUGGAAACUACGAUAAGAAGUCUGCAAAAGAUUUAAGUCGGAUGGUUUCUUCAAAACUUCAAAAGUCUGUAAGUUUGAGCAGAUCGCAAUAUACUAGAGGUAGAUCGUUGAAUUUGCCGGAUGGAAAAGCGUUCCAUUAUUUGAAGGAGAAUGAUGAUCCUGAAAAUGUGAAUUCUUGUAUUGAGGUUUACAUACAACUAGGAAUGAUUUCGGACGCCCCGAACAGAGUAAUGGCAGAGUUGAUAGCUCAAAUUUUGCAUGAACCAUUUUUCGACAGGUUAAGAACUAAAGAACAGCUUGGAUAUGUUGUUUUCUCUGGUAUUAGGGAAACCAGGACUACAUUCGGUCUAAGAUUUUUAAUUCAAAGUGAGAGACCAACUGGAUACUUAUAUAUGAGAAUCAAGCAAUUUAUUGCCAAGGAAAGUCGAAAGCUAGCACUGUUGAGUGAGGAGGAUUUCAAAAAGCAUGUUAAUGCAUUAAUAGUUAAAAAGUUGCAGAAGGUUAAGAAUAUUAGGGAAGAACGAUCACGCUUCUGGAAUCGUAUUGCGUCUGGAUUUUAUGAUUUCGAAAGAAGAGAAGAGGAUUCGAAUUUACUAAGAACUAUACCAUUAAAAGCUGUCCAGGAAUAUUUUGAAGAUAAGAUUGUGAAUCUGGACCAUCAUGGCGAACUCAUCGUUCAUCUUCAAGGUCAUGCAACUGCAAAUAAUGCAACUUCCUAUCAGAACUUGGUUUCCAAUUUCAUAUAUCAAAAGCCGGAGCUUGACGAUGUUGAGUAUGAUCAGGAUGCGUUGAACGCACUCGUUCAGGAAGUCUCAAAGAAAAAGGUUGAUUCUGACGAUUUUGUUGAUUCGUUAAUUAAUCAUCACACGUUUAAAAGCAUUGUUCCGAAGUUCAGUUUUUCAUCAGAAUUGAAGAGGUACCUAAGAGAUGAAAUUGCCAAAAACUAUGCUAAAAUUCCUUAUGAUGAUCAAAAUAUUUUUAUAAGACAAGUUGGUGAGUGGAAAUCCAGUAUUCCAUUAACAGCGGCUCCUUCUGCAAAAAUAAUGGAUUGCUAUUUAGACAAGAGUAAUGCACUUGAUUCUAAAUUUUGA